GUAUGCUUUACGACCCAACAUUCUAUCAUCUCACCACUGAAGUAACAUACACCUUCAAAAUGUCUGAAGAAAUGAACCCGCGGACACCGCAGGACUCAAAACGCGACGGUUCAAAACAGCACAUAAUGGUGUUUCCAUAUCCAGCACAAGGCCACUUGCUUCCUCUUCUCGACUUAACCCAUCAACUCUGUCUGCAUGGCGACAUCACUGUCUCAAUCAUCGUAACACCUAAAAACCUUCCUUACCUCUCUCCUCUUCUCACCGCUCAUCCAUCGGCUGUCUCCGCCGUCAGUUUUCCUUUCCCUCAGAAUCCUUCUCUCCCUCCUGGCGUUGAAAACGUCAAAGACACCGGUGCUUCUGGAAACCCUCUGAUUAUGGCUUCUCUUCGUCAGCUUCGAGAGCCUAUCAUCAACUGGCUAAGUUCUCAUUCUAAUCCUCCGGUGGCUAUCAUCUCUGACUUCUUUCUUGGAUGGACCAACAAUCUUGGUAUCCCUCGCUUUGCUUUCUUUAGCUCCGGAGCUUUCUUAGCUUCGAUUCUCCAUUUUUUCUCUGACAAGAUUCAUCUAUUGGAGUCAAAUGAGCCGGUCUGUUUCUCGGAUCUUCCUCGUUCCCCUGUUUUCAAGACAGAGCAUCUCCCGGCUUUGGUCCCAGAGUCUUCGUUAUCACAAGAUCUCGAGAGUUUUAGGGACACGACGAUGAAUUUCUCGAGCUACGGUUGUGUUUUCAAUUCUUGUGAGUGUCUGGAAGAGGAGUAUAUGGAGUAUGUGAAGCUGAAAACGGGUCAUAACCGGGUUUUCGGUGUUGGUCCGCUUCCUUCAAUCGAGUUGGGUAAGGGAAACUCCUAUUCCAGUGUAGACGUGGAGGCCUUGAUGAGUUGGCUCGAUGGAUGUCCGAAUGGAUCUGUGCUCUAUAUCUGCGUUGGAAGCCAAAAAGUGUUGAGUAAAGACCAGUGUGAUGCCUUGGCUCUUGCACUUGAAAAGACCAUGACCAAGUUUGUUUGGGUGGCUAAGAAAGACCCGAUACCGGAUGGGUUUGAGGAUCGGGUCGCGGGUCAAGGAAUGGUUGUUAGAGGGUGGGCUCCUCAGGUGGCUGUGUUGAGUCACGUGGCGGUUGGUGGGUUUUUAAGCCAUUGUGGAUGGAACUCAGUUGUGGAAGCGGUGGCUAGCGGAACCAUGAUCUUGGCUUGGCCCCUGGAGGCAGAUCAGUUUGUGGAUGCAAGGUUGCUGGUGGAGCAUAUGGGUGUGGGCGUUAGGGUCUGUGAAGGGGGAGAGACUGUGCCGAACCCGCAUGAGCUAGGUAGGGUUCUAGCUGAAACAAUGGGCGAGCGCGGACGUGAUGUGCGUGGUCGGGCUAAGGAGAUGGGACAGAAGGCAAAAGCUGCUACUGAAGCAGGAGGAAGCUCUAAUGCAGAUUUGGAGAGACUUGUAAAAGAAUUGGCCUCUCUAUAAACCAAAUGAUGUACAAGCCUUUCAAGAGGUUUAUCUAAAUAAAAAUGUAUGUGUCCUUGUUUACAAGGUAUUGACUAUGAUUGUGCA